AUGUCGAUGGACACGAGGCGCAAUGCAGUGUGGCGGCAGAGGAGGCACGUCCUGCAGGAAAUAAUUCCCGACAGCUUCUGGACUGCGCUCAGCCGCUUUGACAACGGCACCUGGACAGCCUACACGCCUGGCUUCGCCUACGAAGCGGCGUGUCGGGAAGGAACGCAGCGCGCAGCGUUCGCGGAGGCGGAGCGGCGCAUCGCGCGCACUGUCCGGUCCAUGUACGAGGUCGGCCACCGGCUGCCGGUCGCCUGCUACAGCCUGGAAGCUGCGCAGCAGGAGGAGCAGCGCAAUCGCGAGGCGUACGAGGCGCUUGAGGACCGGUUGAGGGCGGCGGAUGCUGCGAGCGCGUCGGCGCAGGCGGCGGCUGGACCAAAGGUGGUAGAGCGCCAGUGGCUGCGCGUGCACGUGGAUCUCUCCCUGGCAGACUCCCUGACCGACGAUGAAAACCCCUUGGUCAGGCGCGCUGUGGAGCCAUUCGUGGUCACAUAUGACAACGGCGAGGAAGAGGAGGAAGACGACUUGGACUCGGAAGAAGAGCGUGGCGCUGAAAUGGCGGUGGACGAUGACACUCCCUGGGUUGAGCCUCCCCUUGUGGGCUCCGACGGCGAUCCCUUUUCUGCCGGGGAGCCCGGCACAUCCACGCGCGGCGCCGAGAUCGACAGCCUGCGGCCGUUCCGGGCGAUGUUGGAGUCGCGCGCGCAGCUGGUGGCGGCAGGGGUGCGCGACGCGCGCGCGGGAGGGAAUGGCCCCGACGGCGUCCUGCACGAGGCCGACCGCAUUCUCGCGCGCGCCGCCGAGGGUCUCUCUGGCAGCGCCCGCAGUCUCCCCAACCGGCCCAUUCCACGCCGCUACGAGCCCUACGGGAUCGAGCCUCUGAUGGCUGGCACACCCAGGGUGAGAUACUCGCCAAGGCUCAGGCCGGCAGAGCCGGCAGCUUCAUGGAAACAAGGGGAAGCUUCUUUCCGCUAG